AUUGAAAACAUGCGAAAACAUUUUCAGCAAAACAAGAGAAUACGAGAGCACACGGCGCACGAUUCCAAAGUUCACUCUGUGGCGUUGAGCUGUGACGGGCGGCGCCUGGCCUCGGGGUCCUUUGACAAAACUGUUAGCGUUUUCCAGCUAGACAAUGACAGAGACCGAAUGGUCAAAGAUUGCACAUUUCGUGGACAUAGUGACAGUGUUGACCAGCUGUGUUGGCAUCCAAAGAAUCCGGAUCAGUUGGUGACAGCUAGUGGAGACAAGACAAUACGAAUCUGGGACGCCCGGACCAAUCGUUCUGUGGCCACUGUCAAAACUAAAGGUGAAAACAUAAACAUCUGCUGGUCACCAGAUGGCAGCACUAUAGCUGUGGGCAACAAGGACGAUCUAAUUACAUUUAUUGAUGUCAGAAGUCACAGGUCAAAGGCCGAGGAACAGUUUAAGUUUGAGGUCAAUGAGAUCUCGUGGAACAAUGACGGGGACCUGUUCUUCUUGACGAGUGGGCAAGGCAGCAUAAACAUACUGAGCUACCCAGAUUUAAAACUCCAGCACACCCUGAAUGCUCACCCUGCUAACUGUAUCUGUAUCGAGUUUGACCCCAAGGGAAAGUACUUUGCCACCGGUAGUGCGGACGCCUUGGUCAGUAUUUGGGAUGUAGCAGAGCUAGCCUGUAUUAGGACCCUCUCCAGGUUAGAGUGGCCAGUCAGAACUCUAAGCUUCAGCCAUGACGGCAAAAUGUUGGCCUCAGCAUCAGAAGAUCUGAUUAUAGACAUAGCAGAGGUCGACUCAGGUAAAAAGUCACAGAAUUAACAUGCGAGGUCCGACUUUCACAGUUGCCAGGCAUACAAGUCAGCCCGUACUGGCUUACGCCUGCGACGAUCGUGACACAAACGACACAAAUCGGGAUGCAGGGACCGUGAAAGUGUUUGGAUUCCCUAGCGAUAACUCAUGAAUGUUUUAACUUGGUACUUUAUUCAUCCAAUGAGAGUUGAAGUGAGAAAUUUCAUGCUCAGAAGUGUAUAAAGGUGGAAAGUGGACAGAAAAUAACCAAAGUCAAGAGAAAGUGACGUAACACAACUUAUGGUGAUUUUCAUGUGAUGAACAAAGCACCUGGUGUAAAGGCUGGUGGCAGUUAUAUUAUUGUAUUAGACACCAUUAAUAGAUGGAUGAAAGAUCUUGCUGUCGGUCAGAGUAAGAUCUAGACCCCAUAGUGCCACAGGUGACCAUACAGGUACAGUGUAGUUCAGCUGCUCUGCCUGAUUGACAAUGGAAUGGACGCCUGUCGAUAUCUCCAGACCUUGGGAAUGUGGGACCAGGCCGUCAGGUUGGCUAAGAAGUCUGGAACGUCAUGAAUGAAACUACCUAUAAUUGUCAUCACAUAGCAACCGUUCAGACAGCCUGUACCAAGCUUCAAUAACUUCCAAG